AUGGCUUCAACAGUGGGCGACUCUGCACGUCUACGCUUGACACUGAAUAACCAGCUGUUUCCAAGCCCGGAGGCGUUUGGGGUGUCCCUUGAAGCAGCCGGUUUUGAUGACCAUGACGGCGAGCUCGCAAAGAUGCUGGCGCACUACCUCUAUUCUUUCCCUGACGACAUUCUACGGGAUCUGAGCGGCAAGCGCGACAACGCUGUUCUAGACACCUCCACAGGGAAGCUGCGAGCUGCUGAUGUCGUCUUCAAGGACGCAGACACCCUCUCACUGGAGAGCCUCGUGGCUGGCCUGUACCGUGGGACCAAGAACUACUUGCGAAGCAGCAAUCCCCCUGGAGAACAGAUCUUGUGGCGCCAGACGUUCGGCGUUUCCCGCUGUCAGCAGCUCGGCCAGCGGGGCCUCCUCACGGCGGUCGACUAUUUCCUUGCGCGCGCGGAGCGCGAUCACGCGCUGUGCCGCGCACUCCUGGCGCAUCUCGACCGUUCCUUCAGCGACUCCAGCACCCGCUACUGUGUCACCAAGGUGCGCGCGCGCGCGCGCGCCUGCCUGAACCACCUCCUGGGCAGCGCUGACGUCACCGCCCAGGUCGGUGACGUCAUCGGCCAGGGCGGCGCCGCGCGGCCUGCGGACGCGGAAGAUGACGUUCUCGAGGAGGCUGGCUAUUACGCUUUCGACAGCCCCACUUGGAUUGAAGACUACUUUGCAUCUCCGGACACGGACGUGGAUGCCAGCGCGGACUACGCUUUGGACCAGCCGACCGUGCCCACUGAGGUGACUGGCCCCUUGUCGCCGUUCGACGCGGGGCGCGGCCUGGUUCGCAAUGGCGACGCGUAUCUAAACAUGAUUGGCUCCCCCGGUCGUGCCACUUCGGUGGUAGACGGAGAAAGAUCCCCUGAUUCCGUCCCAGACCUCGAGAUGCAAUCCGCGUUUUUUUGA